AUGUCUUUGCAGCCUGCGACCAGUUUUGCAUCAUCGACAUCGCACACCGCCACAUUCGCAUCUAUCUCGCCAAACAUCGUCGCAGUCAAGAAUGAAUCUACAUCGGCCAACAUGCUUACACAAGCAAGUUACGCGAGCAACGGUGAAGAGUGCCCCAGUGGAUUCGAAACACCGCGUUGCGAUGAAUGCGGUGGUGCGGAACAAACUGUUGGCCAGCCAUGGUACCAGUUUCACUGCAAAGGUAUCGAGGCUGAAGACUAUCGAUGGAAGAACUGUUUUUGUAUGCAUCCGAUGAACAUCCGCCCGAUUUGCCAAUGGCCAGAGAGCUCAGACGACAAAUCACACGACGAAGAUGGUCUGAAUGACAGCACCGAAAGCGACGACAGUGAACAUACUGCCGCGGAUAUCCAGGACGGCAAAAACCCUCGGUCGACACAAAAUCAGCAAACUGACAGCGAUGAUCAAUCUCCAACCGAACGCUCGAGAGGCGACCAUGGAGCAUUGAGCUCUGAUGCGGAAUCUACAAGUAACGGGGCCGAGUACAGUACGUUCGCGAAUCAAGAAGCUACUAUGAACCAACAAGGAACCGAACGUGCUGUUGCUGAAGUCGGCGAAGUUGAUACUUCGGGUCGAAAUGAAAGUCUCGAUGAUGCUCCAGAAAGGCAACAAUGUGUGGCCGGCAGGGGAAGAUCCAACGCCAGAUUUUAACCAAAUGUCAGUGGUCAUAAGAGCAAUGAUAAUGAAGGUCUCCGCUUGGAUGAGAUCGAAUGCCCUACCGGUAGGUAUUGUUAAACUGCGACGAGUGUAGAGAGGG